ACCACAGAGCUUUCGAAUCGCUCCCGCUGUACUGUGUUUGUCGUACGCCCAUCGGUCUGCGCAGCGGUGCAUGAAGUCGAACAAACCUAUCAUGUAACCACGUUCCUUAACUUUCUCGCGAGCAAGUGUAUCCCGGUCAUAGCAGGAUCUCUUCUUCAAAUGAAGGCGGAGCAGCGAGCGAGCAUGGCUUUGUGCACACACGCAAUAUGGAUAUCACGCACGCGCAUGGCUAACAGUUAGCUAUUCCACAACCAAAGCACUACUUACUACGACUGAAACCGGGACCUGGACCAAAACUUUCAUUUGGUAUCCCUGAGAGUCUGAAAUUUCUUAUCAAUGGCUGCCUCUGGCUCCUCAACCACAGUGCCUGAAGGAUUUCACUAUGAGACCAAGUAUGCCAUCCUCAGCUACCUCAGCCUGCUACCUUCAUCACGAUCAAGAUCCUCAGAGGCUGCAUUUGCAGAGGGAGAGAGCCAAGUUACACAGGAAAUGGCAAGAGAGAGAAAAAACAGGCUGAAGAAACAGAUCGAGAAUGAGUUGAAGCAGCUUGAAGAGGAAAUUGCAGCAUCUUUUUCCAGGACUGGUUUUGAUCGUCAUACAUCCCCAGUGUUCAGUCCAGCAAAUCCAGAGAGCUCUAUAGAGGACAGCUUGGCAGUGGUGGCAGACCGCGUCUCCUGGGACCUGGACACACACCUGUCCUCUGCCACUCAGACACUUCUGACCAGUGAAUUGAGUUUUGAGUGCUUCAGAGCCGCAGUGGAGGAGUUGUCUUCUCACGCUCAGGCUGGAUGGAGCAAGGUGCUGGUACCCUUGGUAUUGUUACAGGCUCUGCUUGCUGAAGGACAGUCGCUGGAGAACCUGUUAAAUUAUGGUCUGCGUUACCUUGAAGAAUCACAGGCAGACUUCAUCAUUCAACAGGGAGGAUGGGGCACUGUAUUCAGUCUGGAAGAAACUGAAGAUCCUGGAGUGAUUAUAGCUGAGGACAGUAACGACAUCUACAUCCUGUCAGGCCAGCUAAGCCCUCCUGCAUCACUCCUGACUUUGGAAGCAAGUAGCGGGCAAACUUCCUGGCAGACAGAGAGUCUUCCCGUGUCUCUGACCGGACACGAAUCUUGGGCCCAGGUUGGUAUGAUGGACCCAGAAGACCUCAAGAGUCUGGACAGCGCAGAAGGUGUGGCAUUAGUCGAAGAGCAAAGCGAGAACAACUCCUCCAACUCUGACAUUGUCCAUGUGGAACGUGAAGAUGCCGAACUGCUCGAGGAGGGUGUUGACACCGUAGAAGAGGCGGAGCUUCAGAGUAGUGUUCUUAGUAUGCUCGGCAGUGAAAGUGAGCUCGCUGCUAUCAGAGAAGAAGUGCUAUCUGAGCCGGCUGUGUCUGUAGAGCAACCAAAUGUUCUCGCUGAGAUUUCCCCUAAAGUGAGUGAUGAUCCUCCUCCAGUGUCGGUAGAGAAACAGAAGCUAGUCCAUCGUGAUGCUGCUGUCACUUCCUUCCCUGUGCCUGAACUUCAAUCUCAACCUGAGCUUGUCCCAGCUCCUGUGGAGCCACAGUCAACAUCCAUAAUCAAAGAACCUGUCCUAAAAACCUUGGAGAAAGAGGCACUUCCAGGGGCUGAGCAAAAGGCCACUUCAGCCCAAGACCUUCCUGUUUCAACUUCUACUGAAUCCCAAGUGCAGACUAAGUCUGUGCCACAACCCGAGUCCUCUGACCGCUCUGUGCUGCUAUAUGGAGGUGCUGCCGCCCUGGUGGCUAUCGCUGCAGUAUUAGCCUGCGCAGUAUUGGCCUACAGGAAGAAGUAAAAAAGAUUGUCAUCUCACUGUAUCUAUUGUCAUGGCUAUUGAACGCCUGUGCUGACAGAAGAAAAAUACUCCUUGUCUUUGUGUCAUAUCAUGUUUGUUCAUUAAUUUUGCUUAGUUUCUUUAAACCAGCUUUCUCCAGAUGAAAAUUCAGAUCUGUUUUGGAUGAUUCUUUGUUUUGUUUUGUAGGGGGGAGCUUUUGUGUUGUAUUUGUGACCUAGGUUUUGUCUGAUGGCUUAAUGUAAACCGUAAAAGGAUGACGGAGUCUUUGAAAGUUAACGUCAAUGAACAAAGUUCGUUUUGUUUUGUUUGUGAAACAUGUUCUGAUAUACAAUUUAUUUAAUGAAAUUCAUCUUGAUUUUAAAGCACAAACUUGCAUAGUAAUGCGUGGUUAUGGUUUUACCUUGUGUAUCAGAAUUAAAGUGCAAAACUUUAUGGGACAGUG